UGAUGCGGUUACCCCCGGUUACUUUUUCUAUUGAUUGGCCAUGCGUGAAUAACGUACUACGUUUAUUCUAUUGAUUAUUUCGUCUCUGUCCAGCCUAGUCAAUGAUAGCGCUAGUCGAACACAGAGUCUACUGUUGAACACCGUUCUUGAAAACCGUUACCGCACUGCGCAUUAAACAGUUUCUUAAAUUUGUUACAUUAAACAUUUGAGUGAUCGGUUUUUCUAGGUGAGUUAUUAAGAAAAUUUACGUGCGAUAUACAUCACGUUGCCAAGUGUCGCAACGUUAAUUUGAUUGUUCACGAUCGACGCAAUGUUCUUUCAUCGAUCUGUUGACGCACGUUCGCCGACUCGUUGAAUACGCUCGGACGUUUUAUUAUAAAAACAUAAGCAAUCGCCGAUAAAGCGAUAAAUUUUUAACGAUCUUGUAUGCAUGACGGUGAGAAUUAUGCGAACAUCACGAGAUAGAUAUGGCACGAUUGUUACGCGAAUGUAACAACUUCCAACUUAAAAAUAACAACGAGAGCGAAGCGCUCAAGCCGUACGCGUGCACACCCAAGUAUUGUCUGUAUUGCUGUUGUAACUCGCAGUGUUGCUUCGUAGUGCAACGGCGACCACCACGUCAUCUUUGGGAAGCCUGGUACUUUUGGCUAGGCGUUGCUUUGGUCGCUGUUUUUGUCAUUUGUUCGGUGAGCAGCUACAUAGUCAAUAAUUACAGACAUAACAUUCAAGGUAUUCGAUUCCGACAAAAUGUCAACGGUAACGGACGGGAGUUGAAUCAAUUGAGAACCAAUCAGGACCAAAUAUCUGUUAGCAUAAUUUCCACGACGGGAAUGUUUUCGUCUCAAAAAAAGAUGUUGGUCGUUGGCGCGCAGCCGAACGUCACGCACAUGAGUAAGAGAGAGCAGCGUCUUCCUCAUUUAGCAUUAAUCUAUAGUGAUUUGCAUAUAGUAUUGGAUUGUGUAAUAAUUUCGGAAUUUUCAAAACGUAUUGAAAAAUUUGAAAUUACUUAUUACACAAACCCAAUAUAUUUGAGUGACGUUAGCAAAUCUAAAUUAACAAUGAAAAAGUGUUGAAAUGCUUAUAAUCUUAUUACGCAUAUUUAAUUGCUCAAUCGUAAACUUGCAAUUUUUACAACUAUCUUACGCAUUUAUGUAUUACUGAAACAUAGAAAUUAUUGAUUUACAUUUCAGCACCCGUCGUGGCAUAAUAAAUGUUACUUGGCGUGACACAUCGCCACGAUCGACUGGGAAAUGUGACGCUAAACUUAUGUCUGCUUUAAACCGUCUACGUGGUAAUCUACGUCAUUGAUUGCCGUAAUCAUCUUUUCCAUUAACUUUGAUGAAAGUAGCGCGGUGUUUCAAGCGGGCUCGUUCACGUCGCCGACAAUAAUCUGCCGCUCGAAUUCACGUAAGAUGUAAUGCCGCGGCGACGCGCAGCUUGCGCGUACAUGUGUGAAGGUAGCGACGUUCUUUCUCGAAGCCAUUACGAGAGAAUUACAGGCUUCACGAACCGCUCUCGUCGCAUCUCACAGUGAUUUCGUGAGAUCGCGUCGAUCAAUUUAAACGAUUAACGCAUAUUCUCUCGAGCAACAUUUCACCAGUCACCGGUACAGCGGAUGGCGAUAACCAGGAUAACGAUAUAGCCGCGUUCUUUAGUCCUAAGUUCCCCUCGCAUACCCGUGGAAUAACCUGCUCGAAACCCGUUCUUCGCGUCGACCCGACCGGGCGCAAUUCUCGCCGACAAUUAAGAGGACAUGCUCUUGUCCGCAUGAUCGUUGUGUUUGAGCGGAGAGGACGAGAAUGCAGAAGUUAAUUAAAACGGACAAUCCCGCUCGCAGCGACGAUUCUCCCUUUCCCUCACAGUUAAACUCACAACAUGAAUAAAAGAUAUGAUCUUUGUACGAAGUCGCAAAUGAAAAGAAACUACUAUUUCCAUCCAAUCAAAAAUACCGCAGUGGAAAAUAAGUUUUUCCUCGCAAUAAAAGCAAGAUAACCGCGUAUGCAUGUGUUCACGCGCGAGAAACGUAUGUUAUUCAUAUAGCAACCGUAGCAACCGUUGCAAAUCGA